AUGCAGGACGAAAGCGGCAAAGCAGCUCUAGGGAGCCCCGCAAACACAGCGCAGGUGGCAUCGGAGGUUUGUUAUUCAGGUUUACUACAUUUCACAAAUUACUUCACUUUGUUUGGGUUUGAAACAAAGUAGACCCCCAAGUGAGACUUCUACACGAGUAAUUAAUUUCACUUUUUCCUGCUCCCGGAGGUGGUAAGUCAGGUAAAAUGUCUUUGGAUGAGGCGGUCUAACCUGUUCGUCUACAUUACUCCCUCCCACCUCGGAGGCUUCAGCUAAACACAUAUAUAUUUAUACAUAGGAGAUAAAAGCCUGAACUCCGUGCACUAGCUCAACAGAUGUGUUUGCUUAGACUUUUCUCAAGUUUUACAGACAGGACAUAAUGUUACAAGGCUGCUGUCUGCUGGUUCAAUGAGGUGAAAUUCACCUUUUCAACACAAUGACGGGCUGACGGAGGCUCUGUGAUUGGAGUUUUUCCGGUGUAGCUUUAGUUGAUAAUGCUGACUAGACUCACAAAACCACAUUUUAUCAGCAAGCUUUAUUUAUUCACUGUGGUUUCAGUGUCAGAAAGUUAAGAUCCUCAGUGUAAGGAUCACUUAAUAAUCGAUCAUUGCAAAGUAAUGCUUGAGAAUUUACAAUUACCUGAAUUUUUGCAGUUAUUUUAUAAUAUAAAUGCUAACAUAAGGUUUUAAUAUUUUGUUUAUUUACUCUUUAAUAGUUAUAUAAAGAUUCCUAUCUAAUUUUAUGUUGCUGUUAAAAAACCCUCUUUCAAAUGGUCUUAAGAUGAUGGUGAAAAAGCUGUUGUCGUUGUCAAAGUUUAAUGAAAUUCACUCAUUCAUUCAGGUUCACUCUCAGCAUAGCCAUUGAUUUAACUUAAUCCUCUGUUAAGUUAUCAUGUCAGCACAGAUACACAAGCUUCCUUAACUUCCUGAAUCAUGUUAGGCCUAUCCUUUGUUUACAUGUUCAACCAUAUUCAUAAUGCUGUGUCACAAUGCAUGAGAAACAUGGGGAUUUAAAAAACAGUACUUUGCAUAAUCACCACUUUAAUUGACUGAAUUGGUGUCAUUGGAUUAAGCGAUUAAUAUUUAUUCAUCUUUAGAAACAUAAUAAUAGUUAAAGCUCAUAAAGCAUAAGCUAAGCUGUAACUUCCUCACUGUAACCGGCCCUGAAAAAUGGUUCCUCUGUCGUGCAGAGAGGAAGAGGACAAAUGGUUAACUCGGUGGUUUUAACACCUCAUGCAUGAAACAUACAGACAGACUGAGUGAACACAUAUCACAGUAUGUAAGACAGCUUAAAUAAGUCUGAGCUGAAGCUGUUUGGUAUUUUGACUUGAUUCAAUAGUGGUGAUAAUCUAUCUUUUCUUCUCUGCAGGUCUUUAUAAUGCACACUUCUUUUUCAUGAGAACUUAAUAGAAAGUGGAUUGUUACUGCACUAAUCUAACAAUUUAUUCAUUUUUCUAUUAUCAGAACUCGUUACAUCUGAAUGGGCACACUGUAACUCAGAAUGGACACAGCCCAACACCUCCAGCUGAUUCCCGACCCUGCAGUCCUACACCUACACCCACUCCCACCCCGAUUAUCCCACGUGAACAGUGGGGAGGGAAGUAUGAGUUUCUGCUGUCCUGUAUCGGGUACUGUGUGGGCCUGGGGAACGUGUGGCGGUUCCCAUACCUCUGUUACCGUAAUGGAGGAGGUGAGGAGUCUAUACGCUUCCCUGAUCUCACUUUUCUUUGAUGUCUCAGAUAUUUCAAAUGCCAGGAUGUAUGUCUGUAAUGAUUUGUUACACCCAUCUGGGCAAGAGGCACUCUCUGCCCUGCCCUUGGGUGUGCACCAUUCAUCUAAUCAGGCUGGCUUAUUCUGCACACUCAGGCAGCAGCUCUCCAAACUGGGGGCUAAAACACCAAACGUUAACUAAUCCUUGGAGUACAGACAGCAUAUUCCUUGAUUACACAUCAGACUUGAGGUCAUUUUUGAACCCAGUGUAUACCUUUGCCCAAAAUUUAACAUGUUGCAGCCUGACCGACACUAAAGCAGAAUCACAUCUGUCUGCAAAGCUGCCACCUACACAUAGCUUAUAAGCUAACCUGCCUCAACAAGAUAUCCACUUAAGCUGCACAAAACACUGCAGAUUAUCACACUUAAUGCAACUUCUCCUCAAGUGGGUAUUUCUCGUCUUCUUCACAGGAGUGUUCCUCAUCCCUUACUUCAUCAUGCUCUUCUUUACUGGCGUCCCACUCUUCCUCAUGGAGCUGAGUUUAGGCCAGUAUGGAGCAGCUGGCCCCAUCACUGUGUGGAAGUGCUGCCCUUUGCUCAAAGGUAAUGUGCACCUGCAUUGUGCUUGUCAGCCUAGCCAAUAAUAACACACUUUCAUACACUGUUAUUCAAGGACACAACCUUUAAAAGCGUUUGAGGUAUUAUGUCAGACUCAAAGUGGAUUGAUGUUUAACUGUAAUUAGCUUGACAGCUUCAAAUAGUAUAGAAAUAUCCGAUCACAGCUUUAUGCUAGUUCUCCAUUCAUCUAAGGAAUCCAGUUGUGAAAUUAGUAAGCAAGAUCUCAGGCUGAUGACAGAAUACCUUUGUCACCAGUCAUUCAGCGUCACUGUCUAGGAAAGUAACGGGCUCAUUCACAUCAAUUUGUCACCACAAUAGUUUACAUCAUGUGGCUAACCCUAAAUGUUCCUUGGAGCUCUGCAGCUUAACGGCUGCACUUAAACAUCCAAUGAGGAAACCUCUAGGAACUGUCUGAGAGCCACAAAUAGAACUUGAAAAACAGGUUUUAUCAAAGGUAAAUUUAUUUUAAGCUGGCUGAGUCACAAGUGCAUUUUGAAGAAGUUCCUUCGAUUAUUACAAAAGGACAUGAAGAGUUGAGUUACCAGGAAGAACAUUUAGUACUUUGAACAUUGUGUUUUAAAGAUACUGCACUGUGAAUUCUUCAUCAAAUCACAUAGAUAAAUAGAUCCACCACCUCUUAUAUUAUGGGGCUUCAGGCUACCUCUUUAAAUUGCUGAUACUCAUACAAUAUCUUUGCAUUACAGUAUAUCUGUAUUUUUCUAUUUUUAAUACUACUGUCUCUCUUCGUCUAGGUAUCGGUAUUGGGAUGCUCUGUGUGUCCACUCUGGUCUGUCUGUACUACAACGUCAUCAUAGCAUGGACGUUUUAUUACCUGGGCAGCUCAUUCCAGAGCCCCCUUCCCUGGUCCUGUGAUGCUAUAGCCAAUGCAGCUCUGUGUGGUAAUGGUACCUCUGGCAAUAGCUCCAGCAACAGACUCAGCCCCACAGAGAUCUUCUGGAAGUAAGUGUAAAUUUGCAAAUUCAUAGACCCCUUUCAUUUACACCUACUACUUUUAAAAAUCAAGUCUGUGUUGUAGCUUUACAUGUAGAUAUAUGUUUUACAUUAUAACUUCUACAUUAAACUUUGCAAGUAUAAUUCUUAUGAUGUCUUAACAACAGUUUUUCAGCAUCAUGGUGGUAAAACUUCGCAAUCAAAACACCAAACUUGCUCAACAGAUCUCUGAAAUUUCCCAUGAAAGUUUGUAAGGUGUUGUUGAUGUGUUGAAAAAGUUGGCAUAUUCAGCCACAACAACUUGAUAACAGCAUUUGCUAGCUUUAAAUAAAAGUAUGAGUUUACUGAUAUACAGCAAACACACCAUAGGCCUCAGAGUGAGGAAGGCUACAGCAUGUAGGUCAGACCGUUUGUUGACCCGAUCACAGAGCCUUCCCUCAAUGAGUCACGGCAGGCAUUCAGGGGCACAGAGAGAGGCCACUAUUGAACUAUGCCUCCUCCUUUCAUGAGAGGCUUCCAUCCAAACUGCUGCUUUAUAGUGGACCCAACACUUUAAACACUAUUUACUCCUAAUUCAAACUUUUUGCAACAUUUGAUACGUUUUUAACUGACGUGUGAAGGUGCAACAGCUUGCCAAACUUAAGAAACAGAAAUUACUCUUUGACAUACAGUACCUGAUAAAAUUUCUUGCAAAAUAGAUGAGGCAGUUUUGAGCAGUAGUGACUUUAGACAUCGAGGCAAAAUAUUGAAAUGCAAUAACAAAACCUUGAAAAUGCAUAAAUUAAAUUUAUCUUAUGUUUUUACUUAUCUAAGCAGUGUGACCAUGUGUUAAACCUCCUUCAGUAGUAGUCAUGAUUUGUUUUAUACAUUGCAAAGGCUGACAGUACCUUGCUAGUGCAGUCUUUGCACUGAACAUGUAAUUGGAUAUAGGCUCUACCUAAAUGGUGCUGGAAUUACCCUUGUCCCUUUAAGCACUCAGGAAAAAUACCACUAUAUAUGGCUCUAUUGCUCCAAACCAACUCUUAAUGACACAAAGCAAUAAGGAAUAAUGUUUGCAUAGUGGUUUUUCAGACAAAACCCUUCAAAAUUAAAUAAAUACUUCAGCCCAACUUCAUUCAUAAUGGGCGGUAGGUGUGGUAAGAUAAGAAUUGGGCAAUUUCACAUGUUUGUGUCCAACAUGUGUCUUGUAGUGAGCGUGUCCUGGGUGUAGUACACAGUGAGGGUCUCCACGAUCCCGGUCCUGUCCGGUGGCCCCUGGCUCUGUGCCUGCUGGCUGCCUGGAUCGUCAUUUUCCUGUGUAUGCUCAAGGGCAUCCGCAGCUCUGGCAAGGUGAGUCAACACACAAUGUUAUAAUUGUUAGCUCCUACUACACAGACGCGCAGUAUCCUGGUAUCCUUCUUUCAUGUCUUGUUGACGUAAUGCUCGUCUGCACUGUGUUUUGGUUUUAGGUGGUUUAUGUAACAGCUACCUUCCCGUACUUUGUGCUCAUUGUUUUGAUCAUCAGAGGUGCCACACUGGAAGGAUCUCUGCAGGGCGUUGCUUUCUACCUCACACCAGACUGGAGCCGAUUGGCUAAUGCACAGGUAUGUCAGACAGUAGAUACAUAGCACUUUAAUGCUGUCUUAUUCAUGAGAUGUUUUCAAAGUUUUUAUUUUAUUUUAUGAUGAUAUUCACUUAAGUUUAAUCAUAACAAAAAUUGUCAUCAUUGUACCAAAGCUGGCCUGCUAUGCUGCACCCUAGUGCUAUGUUUAUUCGACCUAUUCAAAUGAUUUCCUGGUACAGUCAAGAGCACAUGGCACAAAGUGUAUUAGGGUGUGUGUAGCUUAUUAGAGGCACAAACCUAUUAGUCAACAUCAACUUAUCUUGAUUAUAAACCACCUUGAAUAAAUACUCAGCAACUCCAGUAAAGAAGAGAUCCUUAGUUUUGAUACUUGACUGAACAAAUCAAGGAAGUAUUUUGACGUUUCAGUGUUUAAAUCAUAUUUCUGAUACAUUUCAGGUUUGGAACGAUGCAGCCUCACAGAUCUUUUACUCUUUAGGUAUAGGCGUAGGUGGUCUGCUCUCUAUGGCCUCUUACAACAAAUUUGACAAUAACGUCAUCAGGUGAGUUCAGUUUGUGCUGUUUAUUUUCACUCCUCUGUCGUUGCAGCCUUGAUGGAUUCAGACUUUUAAUCCCCGCUCUUUUUGUUUCAGGGACACUUUGAUAAUCACCACAGGAAACUGCAGCACCAGCUUCUUUGCCGGAUUUGCUAUUUUCUCAAUCUUGGGUCACAUGGCAUGGAGGAAGGGGGUGCCUGUAGGAGAGGUGGCUGAUACAGGUUAGUCCUUUGAUCCACAAUCAUUUCUUCUCUUGAAGCAUUUUAAUGUCCUCAUAUUUUUAUCUGGAUACAACUGACAUAUUUGUUCGCACCUGCUUUGAACUGAGGUUAUUUCACCUAAAUGUGAUUUCUAUUUUGCUUCACUGAUCUUCAUGUAUUCACUACAGGUCCUGGGUUGGCCUUUGUUGCUUACCCAGAAGCCCUUGCUCUGCUGCCAGGCUCUGUGUUUUGGUCCAUUAUGUUCUUCCUCAUGCUUUUCAUGCUGGGGAUUGACACAUUAGUAAGGCAACACACAACUCAAAUACUUGAGCAGAUAUAAAGAUAUGCAAGUCGAUAUGUUACAUAACUACUACCUACUGUACUUUGCAGUUUGGCAACAUGGAGGGCAUCACUACAGCUGUGCUGGACGAGUUCCCACAGCUCAGAGGAAACACAUUACACAAGUCCCUGUUCCUGGGCGCUCUGUGUUUUUGUUUCUACCUGAUGGGUCUGCUGUUAGUGACCGAUGUGAGUGUGUUCUCAAUGAGCUGCAGUAGGUGAUCAUUUCAGCUGCGUUUGCUUCUUAUCUGUGAUCCUUCUCACGUUACCCCAUGCUGUGUGUGUUCAUAGGGUGGAAUUUACUGGUUCACUCUCAUUGACUCCUUCAGCACUAGUUUCGGCCUCAUCAUCAUCACCCUCUUCAUGUGCAUUGGCAUCUCCUUCUUCUAUGGUGAACCAUUUCAUACCCCUAACCACUGCAUCAAACUCCUCUAACACUUUCCCCAAGCACCCAGAAAAUGUGAUUUUUAUAAGUUAGAAAAACAGAUACACUAGCAUUGCUGUGAAGCCUACAAAUUAAACACAGUUUUUGUUUCUACAACUGCACUCAUAUCAAAAUUACUCAUUUUUUCAGCUGCAAGUCAUUUGUUGUCCAGCUUUUACCAUUUUAGAUUCUCCUUCCUGCCAUACUGUCAGUGUUGUCUUGAUGAUGUCUUUUUGGCUCCUGGUUUUCUAAUACAAACCUCAACAUGCUAAUUUCUCUCAGGAGUGAACCAGUUCUGUCAGGACAUCCUUGAUAUGAUCUGCCACUGCCCUCCCUGGUGCAGCAAAGUUCUGCUUUACUUCAAAGCAUGCUGGGUUGUUAUCACUCCAUUUCUGCUGCUGGUGAGUUCACACAUGUAUAUAGACACAGAUGUUUGUUUUUAGUGCAAUGCAGGGGUGCAAGUGGAGCCGAGAAGCAUUGGGCAUAAUAUGACAAAUGCCCUUCAGAAUUUUGACUACCACAAAUGUAGCUUGCUUAUCGUGUUUGAUAUCUUUCCUAAAAUCUGAAUGCACUGUAGUUAAUCACUUUUCUGCUGGAAGGUUCUAAAUUGUUUACUUGUGUGUCCUUUCUUUUUGAGUAAGAAGUAAUAGGUUGAGUGCAAUAGUGUGCAGUGCUGAGAAGUGUGAAAGAAUUCACUAUUGCUGACAACAAUGACAGUGGUAAAAAAACCCUCAAGGGUAUUGGUUUUUAACUGGGUGGUUUACAGGAAGGUUAAUGCAGGAGUCAUGUGCUUAUCUCCAGUUCCUUCUUUUGUUCCUAUCUACUCUUAUUUCGUUUCAUUUAGCAGAAGUUUGGGAUAUUGUGACAAACUUUUUAUUUUGGGCAAAUGUUGCGUGUGUGCAUUAUCUCAUAAUUGCUGGAUUUAACAGUUUAUACAACCUUGCAAAUAUGCAACUUUGUUAUAAAGGAUGAGACAAACAAAAGAGCAACUUCAAACUGCAAUAUAUUGGAACAUAAACCUGAGGUGAUUUAGUUCUUCAAACCUCUUUACCAAUUAAAUCCAAAAUGAACUACCUAAAGAUGGAAAAAUCCCUACCUUUUUUUGUUCUGGGUGAAAAAGGAACACUAUUUUCCUGCUGAUAGCCAAAAAUGAAUGAUGGUCAGACGCAAGGUAGCCUACAAGCUGGACUGUUUUGCUGGGCUAGCAUAACAUCUUUACUGUUUGUCUGUAUCAGUUACACAAUUCAUGUUACAUCACUCCCUAUCUGUGCUGCUACUGUCACCUGAAGCACACUCACCCUUUGGGAUGAUUUAUACAGAAAUAGCAACUUGAUGCGACCUUUUACCAUAAUAGAUGUUUCACUUGCAGUCAAAUGGUAAUUUGAUAAGAGCUUCGGCACAGUGCAGCCGUAUUAUCCCAUUAGAUGACCAAACUAAGGAACAAUUUAAAAACUCAGCUCCAAAUCAUUGUCAAAUAUUCAUCAAGAAAACUAAACUAACAUUACAACUUUGAAAUGAAGCCACAGAAAUCUACUUAACCACUGUUAUGAAUAAUUGAGGAGGAGAAACUGACAUUCAAUCUGAGUACCCCCUGUAAGCAUUUCUCUGCUGACCUUCUCACUCACUUGUCUUCUGUUGCCUUUGUGGCUUUGUAUUUUGUUCCUGCACUUAACUCUGCAUGUCUAUUCUUACGGUUGUAGUUCAUCCUGACCUACAUCUUCAUUGAGAUGUACAACACGCCACUCCACUAUGGGUCCUACGUGUAUCCACGGUGGGGUAAAGCACUGGGCGUGUGCAUAGGAGCGACCUGCUGUCUGCAGAUCCUCAUCUGGGCCAUCGUGGCCAUCAGCAAAGAAACUGGAACACUGAAGGAAGUGAGUGUCACUGGUUUGUUAUUCUGUCACUGUGGGGUCUGGUUACGCUACAUCCGCACUAACACUAGGCUACAACUCAAACUGACUGGCACUUUUGGACCUGAUUGAACACCACUUUUAUGGCUUCUCUAAGAGAGUUUAUGACACUCAUAAUAUUUUUUAUUUCCAGCGUUUCCAGAAAUCGAUUCGUCCUCUUAAUUCUUGGCGGGUGAACACUUUGAGCAGCGCGGCAGGAGUGGAGGGGCCUGAGACGGUGGAUGCACCGUUCACUGUCACACUCACAGAUAUGGACUUUACUGCGAUGAGGUGGGAUGUAGGAAGCCAGGCGUGA